AUGGCUUUCCGAGCGCUGCUGUCGCAGCAGCAGCCACAAGGCUGUGCUGCUGCUGCUGGUGACGCAGCAAUCACUGCAAACAAUCCGUUAACUUCUUUCCUAAGUACUGUUACUCAAGACCCACUUAGGACACAACAGCUGACGGAGGGUUACGACUUAUCUUCCCUUGCAAACCCUUUGGGGGGUCCUCUUGAGGAAAAGAUUUCUGCUGCUGCUACUGCUGCUGCUGCUCUCUCUACUGAGGAGCUGCGGUCCCCUCCAGUUACAGCAGCAGCAGCAGCAACAGCAGCAGCAGCAGCACGAGCUGCAGCAGGCCGAGCGGCGCCACAGCCCCAUGGCCUCGAGGAACUUCUUGCUGGCAGCACAGCAGCAGCAGCAGCAGCAAAUGCUGCAGCAGAAGCAGCAGCAGAGGCGGAGCUGCUGCGGACAACCACUAUAAAAGAACAUGGCUUUCCAGCAGCAGCAGCAGCAGCAGCAGCACACCAGCAGCAGCAGCAGCAGCAGCAGCAGCACUUGCCUUCUGCGUGGGCAGCUGAAUUCCUCAGAAGCCAGCAGCAGCAGCAACAGCAGCAGCAGCAGCAGCAGCGGUUGCAGCGCUUUGGCGGUGAUACAGGGCUGGCACACGAAUGGGCAAAGGAGUUCGAAGCCCUGACAUUGGGGGGCUCAACAGCACCGCAGCAGCAGCAGCAGCAGCAACAGCAACAGCAACCGCAGCAGCAGCAGCAGCAGCAAAAUCAUUUCUUUGGUUCUUCUUCCUAUGUAUCUGGGGCACGAGAAGCAUCAGAGAGAUUUGCUGCUCCUCCUCCUCCUCCUUCCUUUGGGUUGCAGCUGCCGCUGCAGCAGCAAUUCCCCUUCCAGAUGCUGCUGCAGCCGCAGCAGCAGCAGCAACAACAACAGCAGCAACAGCAGCAGCAGCAACCACAGCAGCAGCAGAACGAUGAACAUAAGCAACAAGAAGAGGAACAACAGGAAUCCUCACAGCCAGAAACGUUUGACCCUGCAGUUGCUCGUGACCUGGUGAAAGGAUUGAAGGCCGUAGGGGACCCAAAAAUUCUCAAUGCAGAAUUCACGAAAUUUGUUGAGGCAUUAGCAGAUGGAGAAUUAAAACUAGAAAAUGGACAGCUGCUAUCUCGUGAGGGUUUGCCUGCUGACUGGGACACGGAGUUAGCAUCCCAAGAAGUGCGGGAGGCAGAACCUAAAACCCUAAACCCUAAUAAAGCUGCGGAUACACCCCGUGAUGUUGAGAGUUCCCUUCGCGAGUUAGAGGAGACAUGGAAGAAGGCACACGAAAAUGGGGAAAUAGACGCUGAAGAGUUGAAGUUGUUUCAGUCAAUCUUUAGAUCAGAGGACAUGGAUGAAAUAUUCGCAAAAGGGUUUGACAAUAAAUUAGUGGAAGACUUGGGGCCUUCUACGGUUGAGGACGCGGAAGAGGUAUCAUCCCCUGUAUACUUCCGUCGCCAAAACCCUUAUCUAAACACUAAUUUAGGGUUUCUAGAAAAAGCGAAUAAAUUAAUUAAUGAAGGAAAACUACAAGAAGCAAUAUUAGUCCUUGAGGCAGAGGUGCAGAAACACCCCAAUAGUAGCGAAGGAUGGAGGUUAUUAGGACAGUGCCAUGCAGAUAAUGAACAGGACGUGGAGGCUAUCCAUUGUUUGAAGCGAGGCCACAGUGUUGAUCCUUACAAUCUUGAUAGUCUGAUGGCAUUGGGGGUUUCUCUAACUAAUGAAUUAGAUGUAGGCCAAGCCCUUCUAUACUUGAGGACUUGGCUGGCAAACCACGAUGACUUCCAGCAUCUUCCUGGUCUAUCGGAUUCUCCUCCUACGGAUUUUCAUGCAUUAAAAGGGGAAUUAUUAUCUUUAUUUGAGGAAGCACUAAAACAGCCCCAUGAUGCAGCAGCACAAUUGCAUGCAGCAUUAGGAGUUUUAUGUAAUAUUGACAGACUUUACGAUAAGGCAUUAAGUCAUUUUGCUGAGGCCCUUAAAUAUACGAAAGGGAGCGAAGCUGCAUCUUUAUGGAAUAAGAUAGGAGCAACAUUAGCGAAUUCAGGAAGAUCAGCGGCAGCACUUUUAGCGUAUAAACAAACCCUAAAAUUAAAACCUAAUUAUCCAAGGGCUUGGGCUAAUCUAGGGGUAGCUAAGGCUAAUCUCGGGGAAAUGGAAGAAGCGCUGCAGCACUAUCUUGUUGCUUUGGAGCUAAACCCUGAGGCAACACAUCUUUGGCAUUAUGUCCGCAGUGCCUUAAUCAGCCUAAACCGAUAUAAUUGGAUUGUCUACACAGAGAACAGAGACUUGGAGGGUUUCCGGAAGGUCUUACCGAGAGGAGACACGCCACCGCUAUCUUCGCUUAUUGCACCAGGAGACCCGCAAGCAGCAGAAGAAAGCCCGAGGGUUUUGCAGCAGAUAUACGGCCUUCUGAGCUAA